GAGAACGACUGGGCGGUGUUGCUGGGAGACCCCGGCGGGCCCGGCUGGGUCCCGCCCCUUGCACUGUCCGGCGUUUAUAUAUGUGCCGAGAAGAGGCUUGCAGAGUUCCAGCAGUCAGCUCGCUGCAGCAGUAGUUACCGCCUUCGCCGGGCACCCACUAACCCACCCUUGCUCGGAAAGUGAUUGGACCAUUUCGGAUCUCAAGUAAUCAGCCCUUUCCUAUCUAGUCGUGGCUUUUCCAAAGCCUCCGAGGAAAGCGGGAUCUUUCGGUCCUUCCUGUAUUUCCGAUCACUACAGGAUCUCGAAAUGUCUACGACACUUUUAUCUGCCUUCUACGACAUCGACUUCUUGUGCAAGAGUGAAAAAGCCCUGACCAACCUGAGCAGUAUGCUGGACAAGAAGGCGGUGGGGACCCCCGUGACCUCCCCCAGCUCCAGCUUCGCGCCGGGCUUUCUGCGAAGGCACUCGACCAGCAACCUGCAGGCGCUGGCCAACAGCUCCAAGUUCCCCAGCUCCUCGGGCUGCAGCUCGUCGUCCUCGUCCUCCUCUUCCUCGUUCGGCAGCCUGAAGGAGACGGGCACGGGCGGAGGGGGGGGCGGAGGGAGCAGCAGCCCCACUGCGCUGCUCAACAAGGAGAACAAGUUCCGGGACCGCUCGUUCAGCGAGAAUGGCGAGCGCAGCCAGCACCUGAUGCAGCAGCUGCAGCAGCAGGCGGGGAAGGGGGGCGGCGGGGCGCCCAUCAACUCCACGCGCUACAAGACGGAGCUGUGCCGGCCCUUCGAGGAGAGCGGCGCCUGCAAGUACGGCGAGAAGUGCCAGUUCGCGCACGGCUUCCACGAGCUGCGCAGCCUGACGCGCCACCCCAAGUACAAGACCGAGCUGUGCCGCACCUUCCACACCAUCGGCUUCUGCCCCUACGGCCCGCGCUGCCACUUCAUCCACAACGCGGACGAGCGCCGCCCCGCGCCCGGAGGGGGAACGGCCGCGCCCGCCGCCCCGCACCACCACCCGCACCCGCCGCCGCCUCACCCCGCCGGCAGCACCGGUGACCUGCGCGCCUUCGCCCCCCGGGACCCGCCUCUGGGGGGCGGCGGCGGGUUCGCGCCCCAGCGCGGCGCUGGCGAGCGGCCCAAGCUGCACCACAGCCUGAGCUUCUCCGGCUUCUCCGCCCACCACCAGCACGGCUGCGGGCAGCAGCCCGGCGGGCGCCUGGAGGCGGCGCUGCUCGAGAGCCCCGGCGGGUCCCGCACCCCGCCGCCGCCCGCCUCCGCCUCCUACUGCGACGAGCUGCUCUCGCCGCCCUGCGCCAACAACGCCUUCGCCUUCUCGGGCCAGGAGCUGGGCAGCCUCAUCGCGCCGCUCGCCAUCCACAGCCCCAGCUUCGCCGCCAGCCCCGCCGCCGCCGCCGCGGUAGCUGCCGCCGCCUUCUACCGCUGCCAGCAGCAGCCACCGCCGCCCGGGGGGAGCUGCCCGCCGCCGCCCGCCUCGCCCCCCUUCAGCUUCCAGCCCCUGCGCCGCCUCUCCGAGUCCCCCGUCUUCGACGCGCCGCCCAGCCCCCCGGACUCGCUCUCAGACCGCGAGAGCUACCUGAGCGGCUCCCUCAGCUCCGGCAGCCUGAGCGGCUCCGAGUCCCCCAGCCUGGACUCCGGCCGGCGCCUGCCCAUCUUCAGCCGCCUCUCCAUCUCCGACGACUAGGGGGAGCCGGGCCGGAGAGAGGGGAGCGGAGAGGAGGGGGGUGAACCCCGCGGAAGGGGGCAGGAUAAACCCCGGGAGCAGAGACCGCAGCCUUGAGAACUAGCCAAGCUCGCACAGUCCUUCGAUGAUCCUCUUGGGUUUGGUUUUGUUUAAUUGCUGAGCAAGUAAAUUAAAAAACGAGGAGAGGAAAAAACUUUUUCUAUCGAGAGACGAACAAAACAUGAAUUUGCAAAAGGGCAAAUGGCGACAUGAACAGAACAAACCUAUUUUUAUAGAGAGACCUUGGAAGAAGGGGAUUUUUGUUUUUGUUUUUGUUUUGUUUUGUUUGGAGACUAGUUAUAAUAUGCACCAGCAGCAGCCAUUCCAUCUGUGUGUGGUUUUUUUUUAAGCAUUAGAUGGGGAGGGGGGGAAACAAGACAAACCCACACCACCAGAAAGCAAGCAACAAACAAUCCAGAGGGGCAUGAACUCUGCAUUUCAAGCCUCUCCACAUUUUUAUAUACAAAAAAGACAGGAUUUAAUAAGUAGUUUGUCUUUCAAGCCAAUUUCAAAUAAAGACCCACACCAGUACUAAACCUAUAAGCCUUUAAAAGAAAAAUCCAACAUCCUGCCAAGAAUAUGCCUUGAUAACAACCCUCUAGGUUUUUUUAUAUAAUCUAUCUAUAUAUAUAUAUAUAUAUAUAAUAUAACAAAUGCUAAAACUUCCAUUCCAAAGUUUAAUGUUGGUUCCAUUGCCACCACUUAGUGGAUGUUUGGCUUAGAACAAUUUUUUGUUGCUUUAUUUGGAAGCACUCAACUGAGUCUAGUUUGUAAUUGUUGGAGAAUAACUGCUGAUUUUUUUUUUUAAUUUUUUAGCUGUUUGAGUUGAUUGCAUGAGUCACUGCACAACUCAAUAUGAAACUAUUUAACUUAUUUAUUAUCUUGUGAAAAGUAUACAUUGGUAAUUUGUUCAUACUGUAUUUAUCGGGUAUGAUGAAAAGCAAUAGAUAUAUAUUCUUUUAUUAUGUUUAAAUUAUGAUUGCCAUUAUUAAUCGGCGAAAUGUGGAGUGUGUUCUUUUCACAGUAAUAUAUGCCUUUUGUAACUUCACUUGGUUAUUUUAUUGUAAAUGAGUAAAAAUCUUAAUUUAAGAGAUUGUAUGUAAUAUUUAUUUCAUUAAUUUCUUUCCUUGUUUACGUAAAUUUAAAAGAUUGCAUGGUUUCUUUAUAGAAAUCGGUCUCUAUGCUGUGGAAGUAGUAUGAGGAAUUUCUGUGGGUUUUUUAGAAUGUAAAAUGGUUGUAGCCCGUCCAUGUAAAAAACAAAACAAAAAACCCCAACAAAACUACUUUGCAAUCAGACUUCAAAGUGGCAAACCUAAUUCAAAUGUGUUUAAAUUAACCAAAAAGUAUUUUUGUUGCCUAACUCCACCAAUCACACUGUGAUAUAGUCUCAAAGUAUGUAGCAAUAAUUGGGGGUCCCAGUGUUAUGUCUCACAGUGCCUUCUCAAGGGUCCAUGCUUGCCUUAAAUCUUCCUCAACCAAAUAAGUAUUUUUCUUAAUGCUUGAGAUAAUUUGAAUGUAGGGAUGGGUUUUAACUACAUGAGAAGUUUCACCACCUUUUUUUUUUUUUUUUUUUUUUUUUAAAUAAGCAAGGAGGCCACCUUUGGAUCUGAAACUUUAUGCAGUACAUGAACAUAUCUUGUUUAAUUAAAUUCCAAAACUUGUAAUUUUUUUCUGUGUGUAGAAAGUCAGGAGUUUUCCAAAACUUUCCUGGACGGUGGAUGAAUGAGCAGUAGCUUUUAGUUUUGUUUGUACAUAGGUACAGAUCAAGCACUAUGUACUCUAUUUGGACUACUUUAACAGAAGUAUGUUUUGAAUGUAACUAAAGGAUAAGUCAACUUGAGUUGUAAUAUAUUUUCGGGAGUCAGUUCACUACAAAUUGAGUGUGAGACUGUAAACUUUGUACUGUAAAUGUUUUGUAGUUCUCCCAAUAAAAUUUUUGGAAAAAAAAAUCAAACAAUUAAAGCCAUGUCUGCAAGGUGGUUUUUUAUUAACUUUUCCCUAUCAGAAAUGUGUCUAGCUACAGAUUAACCAGGUUUGAACAGCAAAAUGGCUCCAUUCCUGCAGAAAUCAUUGGUAGUCUGCCAAAACUAAUAAACAAUGUUCCAGAAGGUUCCAAAGUACCUAGUGCAAAUCAUAUAGUAUAUCAGGCUUCCUUAGGAGGAUGGUGGGGAACAAACCUUUGCUUUUUGUACCUUAACAGCUGAAAUGGAAAAUCAGUUAUUAAAUGCUUGUUAAACUGUUUUUAUAUCAGGCACACUUGUUUAUGGAGGUUAUUUAAUAUGCCAUUAGUCUUUAAAGUUUGUAUGGGACAAGUAGGAAAUGGUAAUCUGGGUAAUAACUUUAAUUGUGUCUUUUUGUUUUCUCUUUAAAGCCUUUGUUCCAAAUGCUCUUCCUCAUUUAAAGGAAUAGACUUGUAGCCUCAUUCCAACACUGAGAGUGUACUGGUUUUAAUGCUAAUCUGACUCUUCAGUUAAUUCUGUCACCCAAAACCCAGCGGCUAAAGACUAGCAUUGCUGUGGGUAAAUAUAAUAUACAGAGGCUUGUAAAUUAUACAUUAAUGUAGAUGGCAUUUUAUUAAUAAACUUAAUAAAUAAGGUUUUUUUAUGGAACCUGUUGCAAUAUGUGCUACAUCAUGAUACUUUUGUCAGCCUAAUAAAUGUUAACAUAAUGGCAUCUCUGAACUGUCACAAUAUUUUUAUAAAUACAAAGUAGAAUGUAAUACUGGUGCCAUAUGUUUGUAUAAUCAACCUAGUAUGGACUUGUUGUUUUCAAAUGAAACAUAUAUAACCAUUCAAAAGAAUCUGUAGAUGGGAUGAUGCAAAACUAUUUCUCUAGGUUAUGCUCUGAUUUGUUUGCUCAAAAUUUAUUUUUUUUCCAGAAGAAACUUUGUCUGCAAGGAACAGGAGUCCUUGAGCAAAUUUUUACCAAAUAUUGAAAGUAGGCUUCUAAUUUUUCUUAGUUUACUGAUGUCUACUUGAGCUAAUGCAAUCUUGUUUUGUUUUUUUUAAAAACUAACAGUCAAAUUAAAACUGCAUAGUUACAGGUG